AUGAACAAGAUGCUGGCUCUGGCUUUGCCAGCCCUGCUCUGCUUAGCAACGGCUGCAGCUCUCCAGUGCAACGGCUGUUUCAUGAUGCUACAGGAUGGCAGUUGUAUGCUAGGCAAACACACCUGCACAGCCGCACGGGGGGAAUCCUGCUUUACCCGUAAAAUCACUAUAGCGGGCUUUAUCAAUCGUGUGGAGCGGGGCUGCACAUCCAUCUGCGAGGAUACAGAGAUCCCUGAAGACUACUACAAGGACACCACCCAGUGCUGCACAGAUGGGGACUUCUGCAACAUCCACAACCCCUUCCCCAAAUUCUCCGAUUAUGCCUAA